AUGUGGUUUGGACAUCUCUUGCCCUUUUGUUGCUGUUUUUGGCUGGUAGAAAGCAGUUCAGAAGGGCAGAGGAGAAAAGAUCAAUUGCAAGAAUAUCAUCAGAGCAGCAGAUUCCAGAGAUAUGGGAGACCUGUUGAAGAAACAAAAAAGCAGGGCAGAUUUCAUAACCAGGAAACCUGCUCCCCUGAAGCAGCACUGAGGCUGGAAGAGCUUCUUGGUGAACCUGAGAAGCUGGGAAUGUUUGGUGCAACGUUGUUGACUGACACAUUAUUAUACCCAGGACUAAAUGCUGAAGGACGUCCUUCAAUACCUGUGGGUGUCGACGUACAGGUAGAAAGUCUGGACAGCAUAUCAGAAGUGGAUAUGGACUUUACAAUGACACUGUACCUGAGGCAUUACUGGAAAGAUGAGCGCCUUGCAUUUCCAAGCACUAACAACUUGAGCAUGACCUUUGAUGGGAGGCUGGUCAAAAAGAUUUGGGUUCCUGAUAUGUUCUUUGUACAUUCAAAGCGGUCCUUUAUACAUGAUACAACCACAGACAAUAUCAUGUUGCGUGUCUAUCCUGAUGGAAAGGUAUUGUACAGUUUGAGGGUUACAGUAACAUCAAUGUGUUACAUGGAUUUCAGUCGUUUUCCUCUCGACACCCAGAGCUGCUCGCUGGAAAUUGAGAGCUAUGCUUACACUGAUGAUGACCUAAUGCUGUACUGGAAGAGUGGUAAUGACUCAUUAACGACAGAUGAAAAAAUUUCUCUAUCUCAGUUCAUGAUACAAGAAUUUCGCACGACAACAAAGCUGGCCUUUUACAGUAGUACAGGUUGGUACAAUCGCCUGUACAUCAAUUUUACACUGCACCGCCACAUUUUCUUCUUUUUGCUGCAGACCUAUUUUCCAGCAACUCUGAUGGUCAUGUUGUCCUGGGUAUCAUUCUGGAUUGAUCGCCGAGCUGUCCCUGCUCGUGUUCCAUUGGGUAUAACGACAGUUUUAACGAUGUCCACUAUUAUCACGGGUGUGAAUGCUUCCAUGCCAAGGGUCUCGUAUAUUAAAGCUGUGGACAUUUACCUGUGGGUUAGUUUCGUGUUUGUCUUUCUCUCGGUGCUGGAGUAUGCAGCUGUCAAUUACCUAACUACAGUACAAGAGAGGAAAGAAAGAAAACUGCGGGAAAAGCUACCUUGCACAUGUGCAAUGCCUCAGCCAAGACCAUUAAUGGUAGAACGCACGUACAGUGAUGGAGAAGUCAGCAACCUGGCUGAAUUUGCUGGACCUGAUUAUAUGCCACAAAAUGGAGAAAAACAAGACCGAGGGCUAGUCAAUCCGCCAAUUGCUGAUGAGCCAACUGAAAACAAGGAAAAAAUUUUAAGAGGAUACAUUUGGAUUGACACCCACAUUAUCGAUAAAUACUCCAGACUGAUAUUUCCAGUUGCUUAUGCACUUUUUAAUGUGAUAUAUUGGUCUAUUUACACAUAG